GGUCCUUUGUUGAUGCUGAUUCACAAAUCCUUUGACAUUGUGUGAUUAAAUUGCAAGAAUAGCACCGAUUAUUUUGUGUACUUAAAUGCACGAUUGAGUGGUAUGAAGGAAGAAAGCGUUUGAGAGGGAUAUUCAUACCGCUCUGACUCUGGGAUGAAAUUGAGACACGUCAAAAGGUAAAACUGCAACAGUCUAAUUUCUCCUUUACACACCCAGCGCGACUGCCCAGACGUUCGAUCAAUAGAGAAAAUACGCCGAUAUCAGUGGGCCUGUCUGCGAUGUUUGUGAGAUAGUAUUGCUGAAAUGAUUUUUGUCAUUUUGCCGGGUCGGGAGACUUUCCUUAUUCUGCAAUAAUGAAACCGUAUUCAUAAACUGGGACAAAACUGAACAAGAUACACAAAAACGUUGCUGUUUAACCACACUCUCUGCACGCGCGGUCCAUCUCUUUCUGUGUCGGGCUGAAUGAGGAUACCGUUAUUCUGAUCUGCAGUAGGUGCUACGGACCGUAUCGCUGUUGUUUUCAACACCGUUAGCUAGCAAGUUAGCAUCAUGUCCAACGGUAACCAACCCCCGGGUCACGGAGACUCUCUGGGCCGACUACUCUCCUCCGUCCUAUGUGUGCUGCUCUUCUCCACGCUACCCAGAGCGGAUUCCUCGUACCUCCACAGCGGAGAGUGUGUCCCGGGGAAGGACAAGGACUGCCUCGAUCUGUCAGAGAAGAAGAGUGACCUGAGAGUGUGUGACGCAGGAACGUGUCGGUUCGGAGGAACCUGCAGAGAGAACGGAGCCGACCUCAAAUGUGUCUGCCAGUUCCACUGCCAUAAGAAGUACAUCCCGGUCUGUGGCUCCAACGGAGACACCUACCAGAACGAGUGUUUCCUGCGGCGGGCGGCGUGCAAACAGCAGAGGAACCUCUCCCUGCGCUCUGAGGGAGCCUGCUUCUCCGAAGGAGGUUCAGGAUCUGGAGACGCAGAAGAGGAGGGGUCUGGCCGAGGGGGAAAGAAGACAUCAAAGUGUGGCAGCUGCAAGUUCGGAGCUCAGUGUGACGAGGACUCGGAGGAUGAGCCGUGUAUGUGUAACAUUGUGUGCAGCGGUCACAACGACAACCCAGUGUGUGGGACCGACGGUAACUCGUAUGACACGCCCUGUCAUGUCAAAGAGGCUUCCUGUCACAAGCAGGCCAGGAUCGACAUCAAGCAUGUGGGACGCUGUCCAGGGAGAGAGAAAGGAAAGAAGGAGGAGGUGAUGAAAAACAAGCCUGAACUCUUUGACCUAUCAGGACCAGAGGAGGACAAGGUGUAUGGAGGAAGUCCCUCCCCCUGUUCAGAUGAUUACGCCCGGUUUUGUGAGCACGGCCACUGUGAGAUGAUACAGAACCUCCCUACCUGCCGGUGUGAGCCAGGCUAUGGAGGCCUCCAGUGUGAGGAAAUCCAAGACUUCAACAUCCUCUAUGUUGUCCCUAGUGGUCAGAAGCUGCACUACGUCCUUAUUGCAGCCAUCAUAGGAGCCGUCCAAAUCGCUGUCAUUGUUGCCGUGGUUAUGUGCUUCACCAGGCGGUGUAACCAGAACAAAAGGGGGCGGAGACAGAAGCAACACCUAGGUCACUUCCCCUCCGGCACUUCCUCCAGGAUGAUGUAACAUCUGGUGUCUUUCUUUCCUACACAUUUUGGUACAACGAGAACUGCAUUUUGAUAAUGAUAGUUUUGUGCCUCUUUUUUUAAAAUUUGUCUCUGUUUUUAUUGGGGCCUUAUUCUGUUAUUUCUCCUCUGGACAAGUGCAGCAGUCACUUUUGCAAGAUUGCUGCAUCAGAACACGUCAGUCUUUUAUUUUUCCACAGGCUGAAAAAGGACAGCCAUUUUUUUCUUCCUGUCUUCUCUCUCUGUGCCGCUGUGCGGUAGCCUCUGUGCCAACAGAACAGGCAUUAUCCACGGACACUUUUCUCUCAUAUCUCUUAAAUCGACUUCAUCUUUACUUUUGUACACCUGAAUACCAAAUGCUGUUUUUCUAUGAAUGUGGCGGGCUCCCGUG